AUGUUGAAUACUGGCAGUCGGCCCUGGCCCCCCAUAGACGAGCAAACUGUUGCAACAAUCAACGGCCGUGCAGAUGCCCUCGACAGUGCGGUAGAGUUGCUAUCAAGAAUGAGCUCUGGGAUGGUGUACCAGAUACGAUACACACAUUACAAGUGGCGGGAUCAAGAUGAAUGCUUACGGGUGACAGUAAGAGACCGUGGUCAAUAUCGGCAUGUCCAGUCGGUUGAUCUCAGAGUCUAUGAGCUUGCUGACGAGUCGACUAUGGCAGAGGAUGGUUCUGUCUUUCUGGUUAAAGCCGUAGCGCUGUCUCCGAAUGAAGCGCCCCGCUGUUCAUUUAUUUCUGUCGGGGUUACCCAUGAUAUCAAGCCUCAGUUUGCGGGACAUGUUAUUGCCGUUGUUGAGCGUAUGCCUGGCCAACUCUUCUCUGGCACUCUUGGCCUGUUGCACCCUUCAUCCGCUGCAGCCAAGGAGACGCUGAGCGCAGGGAACGUGAAGGCGACCGCAGCUACGAGCCCAGGCGCGGACCCAUAG